UAUCGCCGGUCGCUAUGGCUACGGCGCACGGAACUAAACUUCCCACAAUGCCAAGCGUUUUCUGUACAUUGGCUCAUGUUAUACAUGGGGGAAUAUGAGAGCUGCGGAGGAACCGAAAGCGACAGCGGCCGCCCCGGCGAUAAGUAUAACGACAAACCGUCACCGCUAAAUAGUUGACGUUUAACGCCAAAUCACGCGAAGCAAGCUGCCGUGAUAUAUAGGGAAUUUGCGUUUCGGUGUUGUGGUUGUACAUUUGGCGUUUUGGGGGUAAGGCACCUCCCUGCCUGCGCCGGGGUGUGUGUGCAUUUUUCUGUAGGCUUUAUCGCAUCACCGCGCUGCAGUGCGUUACUGUAACCGAAACGAGGUGCCACGCCGCCGGUUACAGUUGCAACUGCGCUGUCGGUCGAUACUAUGACAGAAACACAUGAAGACAAAGUAUCACUGCGAAUCCGUCCUGCUGAGCUAUGCAAUGAAAAACAUGGCAACUUUGGUCUCUAACAGCUGCGCUUUUUUGUAGCCAUAAAGUGCAAGUGUGAACUGUAGAGGUGCGGUUUUCGUGCCUGUUUUUAAGCUUUGAACUGAAGCGAAAUAGGCAGCCCGCAUGGAACGAGCAGGUAGCAUCCAACUUGAUAUUCCGGACUUCAGCAACUCUGUCCUGUCGCACCUAAACCAGCUGCGUAUGCAGGGCCGCCUGUGUGACAUUGUGGUCAACAUUCAGGGCCACAGCUUUCGCGCCCAUAAGGUGGUCCUCGCCGCCAGUUCCCCAUACUUCAGGGACCACAUGUCGCUGAGCGAGAUGAGCACCGUUUCCAUCUCGGUGAUCCGCAAUCCAUCCGUGUUCGAGCAGCUUCUAUCGUUCUGUUACACGGGCCGCUUGUGCUUGCAGCUCGCCGACAUCAUCAGUUACCUGACGGCUGCAAGCUUCCUCCAAAUGCAGCACAUUAUUGACCGCUGCACCCAGAUUUUAGAGGGGAUCCACUUUAAGAUCAGCCUUUCGGAUGUUGAGGAGGAGAUGGGAAGCGGAGCUCGCCGGGCGGUCAGCCAAACUAUCGAGUCGGGGAGAGGUGGAGCAACGCUUGGAGGGUCCCGCUCCAUAAGUCCCAGACAUGGAACCUCAAGGUUGAUUGGCAACACCGGAGGGGUGAUCAACAUCCGCGACGUCAGGGAAGUCCGGGAGAUCAGUCCACCGGGGGAGUCAAUGAGCCCCCAGAUUGUCGAGCACAGCGGGAUUGGCUCGGAGGAGGUGGGGUCUGGGAAAGAACCCAUUCUUCGUAUUAACCGGGCUGGUCAGUGGUAUGUGGAGACAGGGGCCGAGGCGGAGAGGGGUGAAGAUGACGUGCGUGUAGUGGAUGGGUUUCGGAUCAAGACGGAAAGGAUGGACGAGUGGAUGGGGGUGGAGACUCAGGCAUCGGCGGAAGAGGGAAGUGGGGCAGAGGAGGGGCCAACGGUGAUGAUUGACACCUCAGGACGUAGCACAGUGGUGCAGGAGGGAGGACGAGGAGGAAAAAGUUCACAGCCUUCCAGUAGCUUCAGUGAGACAGACAGGUUUAGUCCAACAGGAAGUGUGGUUGUGAUGGCUGAUCGACAGAGAGCCAAGAGUGAAUCUCCAGGAAGAGUUGAUGACCAGAGACGCCCCACCUCACAGGGAGAGGAACAAGCUGUGUUUGACAUGGGAGGAUAUGAAGAGUACCUUCGAGAACAGGUAGGAGAUCGAUGGUUUCGUUACAACCCCCGACUGACCUGCAUCUACUGCUGCAAGUCCUUCAACCAGAAAGGCAGCUUAGAUCGCCACAUGAGGCUGCACAUGGGAAUCACGCCCUUCGUGUGCCGUAUCUGUGGAAAGAAAUACACCCGCAAAGACCAACUGGAGUACCACAUCCGGAAGCACACGGGAAAUAAGCCCUUCCAUUGCCACGUGUGCGGCAAGAGCUUCCCGUUCCAGGCCAUCCUCAACCAGCACUUCCGCAAGAACCAUCCAGGCUGUGCUCCACAAGAGGUAUCCCACAGUGCAUCGCCCGAGACAACCACGGUCACCUCCCGCGGGGGCCAGAACGAGGAUGAGUCGCCAACUCAGGAAGAAGCUGAGGGCAACGGGGCCGGAGGUUCCGGUUCGUCCUUUGGAGAAGGGGUUCAACCCUCUGUCUCCACCACUGGGCCCGAUUGAAAGGCUCCGAGUAGAAAAACAUAAUAUGUCUGUGGAGGCAGAGGACAUUGGGGUCCCUUCUGUUCCCACCAUUCACAAUGAAAAACUGUAGUGGACUUGGAAGAAGUUAAGCCAGCAGAAGGUUCUCUCAGCUGCUGUCAACAAGGAACCGAUAUAAAGGGAGAUUCUACUAUGUUGUGCUUGGACGAAAAUCUUCGGUUUAUUUUUAUUUUUAGAAGAUUUUUCAAGGAUAACAACAAUGCAAAGACAGUUCUUUUGCUAGGACUAGUAUUCAAUAGUGAUUUAUAAAUGGUAUUUCCGCUUUAAACCGCAUCUACCUUCACCGUACAAACUAAACAGGAUAUCAACAAAUGAAGACAAGCCACACUCCAACAACCUCACACUUGAUGCAGUGUUUUCGUUUUAUUUUUAGCCUUUCCUGUCUUUUAUAUGUUAAGUUUUUUAUAUUUUUGUACUACUACUACUACUACAAAUAGUCAGAAUUCAGGAUAAGCAAAGAGAAGCGAUAGCUCCGAUUUGGUCAAAUUGCGUCGAAAUUGCCAAACUUCUCUGUGCCAGAUGUUGAAUCUUAAACGAGAGAACGUCGACGUCCUUUGCUAUUCUGCCUUGAGACAAUCUUGAUGAAUUAAUCUGGGGAUAGACGUCGCGCUCCCCAGCCGUGGCAAGCUUAGAAAAACGGGUUCGGUUUUUAUUAGGGACCCUCAGGUCUGACCCAUCAAUUUUUUUGGUUUAUUUUACUUGUGUAUUAAGUGCCGUUCUGGCCUGCCAUAACAUCAAAACGCAUUACUCACACUUAACCUACACGCCUCAAACAAAAUUUGAGUCGUACAACUAUUCGUCUUCAAGGUCGACGAUUGUUGUCCACAACUAACUCUCAUGCCAUAUAGUUUUACGUUUUAAUGUCGGUCAUUAUACUGUGAUAUAGGCACGCUGGGGGUAGAAUACGUUCAAGUAUAGCAAUGAUAUAUAUGUAUUUAUUCGCCCGGUCAGGCCUUCGUAUAUAUCUCCCUACACAAAUCCCCAGCUGCUGAAUGUUGAUAAAACAGUGAUAUAAAAAACAGGAAACUCUUCAACCUCAGAUAAGCUACAAUACCGCUCAGUUACCUCUCUCACACAUCACUACGCAAUACCGAUCUGUUGCAUGCAGAUACGUAGAUGCACUCAACCGUAUUUUUAUGUUUUCAGUGUUUUUCAAGACGGUCGUCAAGAUUCGCAAGUCUCUCCAACUCGUUUUACCGGUCUGACGAUGUUUUGUUUGUGGAAUAUGUUAGCGCAGGGGAAAGUGGUCUUUCAGAGGGCGUGACCUUCUGACGUUUUGUGUCGAGUCAAAACAAACACGGAGACGUCCCAAAAAGGGGUCUGUUUUCGUAGGAAACAGAAACCGCAUGUCUUGGAUGAACGGGAAAUGACGAAAUGCCACGGAAAGACUUUGAACGUAAGAUUUUCCCUUCAUCUGAUGGAAGGCACUUUAACCUUUUGGGGUCGAGUGCCUUGACACUUGGCUUCUGAACAUGUUUUUUUUUCAGAUGGUGCUAUGACGUGAAUUUACUGAAGUUCUCAGUAACCAAAGGAAGAUAAAUAUAUUGUUAAAAAGUCCUUAUGAUUGGGAGGAUUGAGAAAGAUUACAUCAGGCACUUCAAGAAAUGGUGGGGGGUGGUUUCUUUUUUUAUUAAUUGUAUAUCUAUCUAUAUACAUAUACAUAUGCAUAUUUAGACCAAUUUUUACUACACAAAGGCAGUUUAUAGAACGAUCCACAAAACAAUAAGACGUUUUAGGUGGUAAAGCUGUUAUCAUUUUUAUAAGGCUGUGAAUCACACAAUGUGUUUGUGUGACUGUUUUUUUUAGGAGAAGCUUAAUGCAUAUUAAACAGCUACUGAUAUUUCCGAUAGGGAUAUUUUGCACCUCACUUCUUAUUAACACAGGUAAAACCUUUUACAAACGUUUGCCGUUUAUCACAAUCGUAAACACAGGUCAGCAGGUAAACGCUUUUUACAAAUAUCAGGAACUCACUGUUUACUUUUCAUGUUUACCUUUUUUGGUUCGUACCAAGCCGUUCCUCUUACUUGGAUUUCGGGCUCUGGGUAACUCGGGUCGCCAUAUUUCACAAGAGCAGCAAAAAAACUACAUACAGUACAUUUCUUAAUGUAAAUACCCAUGCCUCAGACAUAGUUGCAGGGAAAUACAAUCCUGAAACUUUAUCAUUUCUACUUCGUUGUACAGUGCAGAACCCAGGUAAUAGGCGAGCAUGUUGACACUGCUUUUAUUUGUCACGACGUAACCUCAUGAGAAUAGAAAAAAAGGGUUUUGUCAGCAUACAGCAUAAUCGUAACAUGUUCUAAUAUAUCAAGAAUAUACAAACAGGUUUUGGGAUUUUGCCUUUUUUUUGGAUUUGAGGCAUGGGCCUGUUGUGUAUGCCAAUCAUAUUAUCUCUAUGUGAAUGAAUGAAUGAAUGAAUUACAAUUUAAUAACAAGGGAUCUUUAUCUAUAAUCAAGCAUUCCAGUUACUUUACUGUGCAUUGUCGCAGUCUAAAUUAAAUAAUAUUGAUUUGGGUUUUAGCAGGGCUAAUAGAAAUUUCAGCAUGUUGUCAGGUUUGAUUUUUACACUGCAAAGAGUGUUUUUUAAGAAAAAAAAUUAUUGGUAUUUUUGUCUUGUUUUCAGUUAAAAUAUCUAAAAAUUCUUAAAUUAAGAUG